GGGUUUGUUGUUGCUCUGUCUGGUCAGCAGAAGGGGGGAAUGUAAAAAUUUAACAAGGUAAAGCAGGACACAGGACAGCCAGGCGUCCAGUCUGAUGGAGCUUCAGCAGCAGUGAUUUUGUUGGACACGAGGAGAAAAGUGUGACCUGUUGAGAGUGCCAGCAAACCGUGAAAAAGAGCUCAGUGAAGCGGAGGUUGGACACUGCAAUGAGAGAAGAGGUGUCCUGCACCAACUCCCCUGAAGGAGGACUGGGGGCCAGCGAAGAGGAGCUGGAGAGAGCAUCGAAGAAGACUCUCCAACAGGCAAACCGAAAACGCUCCCCCUAUCCAAAGAAGGACAGCCUCAGUCAGACAGAGGAAAGCAGCACGGGCAGCACCAACAGCCUCCUGCCGUCCGGACCGAAGAGGGUCAAGAAGAGCCCCUCAACCAUUGUGUCAUUGGUGCCUACAUCUUUGGGCCCCAGGCCAGAGCCACCCUUCGAGGAGCUCCACUCUCAAAGGGUAAUUGCCAAUGUGCGAGAACGCCAGCGUACCCAGUCCCUGAACGACGCCUUCGCCUCCCUACGCAAGAUCAUCCCAACGCUACCCUCAGACAAGCUGAGCAAGAUCCAGAUCCUGAAGUUGGCCUCUCGCUACAUCGACUUCCUGUACCAGGUGCUGCAGAGCGACGAGAUGGACGCCAAGCUGGCCAGCUGCAACUACCUGGCCCACGAGAGACUCAGCUACGCCUUCUCAGUCUGGAGGAUGGAGGGGGCCUGGGCCAUGUCCACCAGCCACUAGGACCCCUCUAAACUCAUCUCAUACACCCUCUCGUGUCCACACCUCCACCUCCCUCCCACCCCAAACCCUCUGUCUGUUUGACCUCUGACCCUCUCAACCUCCUCUCUGCAUGGUCUGAUCUUAACCUUUUCAUCUAAAACCUUCUGCAUAAUUUUUUUUUCUGUGCUGCAUAAUGUUUCAUUUAUCAGCUAAAUAUACGUCGCUGCAACCUCUCUCUCCUCUUUCCUCCUCUGCUGUUCCCACUUCUGUUCCUUGUCUUUCCUCUGAGUUUAGUCCAGAGCAGUGAGUCACAACACUGCGGCUUCACAGAAAUCUCCACAACCUGGAAUUCCUUAAACUACAAAGAAAAUUCGACCGCACCUUGAAACAUUUCUUCCGUUUCUUCCUAUCCUUAUGUGGCUUCUUCCACCCCUUUGUUUUUGCUUCUGGACAUCAGCAACGGUUGCUUCACCGAGUGUUUCUGAGACUUCGUGUGGAGAUGUGACAGUGAACUGCAGAACAUUUGAAUAAUUAGGAUUAAAAAAAGAAAUAAUAAAGAACAGCUGGCCUGAGGUGACAAUGAAACAAAAUGGCUGCUGGAUGGAGCGCCUUCAAUAACACCCCAAUGAUAACCGUCAUCCCAUUUCCCCCCUGACUCUUCUCUCUAAGGAUGACUCACAGCCUGACAGACAUUAGGAUGACUAAUGAUAAUGGCACAGUGAUGGUUAGAGGGCGGUCACAGCCAAUUUAUGUUUACAGCUAAAAUGCUAAUAAGCUAAUUGCUCUGGCUCUCAAGGCGGGAAUCUGGUGCAGAUAUUGUUCUUUGCUUUGCUGCAGUGACUGGGUCGCUCUCAUGGUUAUUUUUGAAGCAUAUCUGCUCCUACGUUUGGUGUGUGUACACACAGUUUUACUUAAACCCUGCUUACUGCUUUAUUCUGUUACAAACCGCUGAUCACAGUUCAGCUAAUUACUUAUUUUAUUAGAGGCUUCUCUGUCGAUGGUGAGUGCUGCAGCUUUAAAACAUCUCUGCAAAGCUUAAUUAAAAAAUAAUGCAGCAGAGAAUUUCUCAGAAAGCAUGCCAAAGUGUUGAUGAUGUGAUUACACGCAGAAUAAAACAGAUUCAUUUGUAACUGCGGGGCCAAUUGCUUUUGAUCAUGAUCCUUUGAACUGUGUUUUUUUUUUUUUUUUUUUGCUUUUCAUCAUUUGUCUUGCCAACAAUAAAAUUUUACUCAGCGCUGUAUAUGCAUAUGGCAUUUGUGUUACCUAUUUCUUUGUGGCAGUAAAGGGCAUCUUACAAAUUAGAAUGUUAUCAAAAAGUUGUUUUUGUUCAAUAAAUUCAAUUCAAAAUAUGAAAAUCAUA